GGCGGCCGAAACGAGGGUCUUUUGGUGACCGGAACGGUAAACAUACAGCCUUGGGGUACACACCGACUUGGUGUGGGGAAAGACACCUUGGGCUUUAUUUGCGACCUCCUGAACCUUCCGACCAAGAGACGUCAGGAUCAAUUGUCGGCGCAUCGAAAAAGCUCCAGUCCCUCUACCACUCUGACGAACGUCUGCUAUCUGGCUCUAGCUCAAAGCCUGAAGAAGAGGCGCUAUCGGGAUUGCCGCUCAAACCUACAUCCUUAGUAUUGCCCGGCAGUUCGCUCCUCUUCCAGCAAAGACCUCCACAAUGCAUACCUCUACAGGCGGAGUGCGCUCGCCAGCCAGAAGCCCAGGGGAUUCGAUAAACGAGAGCACAGCAAAGGCCUACAAGAUUCUGGGGGCAACUGAUGUCUCCACCCAUGAUAACCAUCACAAGUGGGAGGACAAGAAACGUUCCAGACGACCAAGCUUCAUGAGAGCUCCGGAGAUAAAAAAGAGUGGCGGAUUUGUUCCCUUUCCAACUGCUGUCCAAGAGACCACGCUUCCACCACACCACCUUCGUGUUCGGGCAUCGUCGCCCCUGCUGGGCCACGAUUUUCGGUCAGAAGAUGCUCUCGAACAGCCUCUCCCAGCACCGGUGAAGAAAGUCCAUCAAUCAGGUUCCGCCUCUGCUUUGUUCUCCUACUUUACUUCCCGGGACUCGUCGGCCAACACAAAUUCUGGUAUUGGAAUUGCGACAUCCGACUUUGGUUCGACCGCCGAAAAGAAGACAGACUCACGGCAAAGCGCCGAGUCCGGCUUCAGCCUCCGACAACCCAAAGGGCCCAUGAAAGAAUCAAAGCGGAAAAUGCGCCCACCUCGGAUCGACCUCUCCCUGCUAUUUCCCAAGCCUCGGGCAACCGCCGAACCGCUUUUGUCGCCGCAGCGCAUGGUGGACUCUCCCUCACCCAUUUCCAUAAUCUCCGAGCAUCCCGCCACCAAAACAACCAAUUCCGAGAGCCAUGCACCUGGAAGUAGACCCACGAAAACACCAUCCCAGCCGAAAGACUCGACUCGUCAAUCCUACAGCGAUCAGGUCCACGGAGCACCUGCAUCCUAUGAGACGAAAAACUCGAACUGGCUUGAUCCGUCAUUAGAAAGGACAGUGCGGGCCAGUGAGAUGGACUUGGCUCUGCAAAAGUUGCAGCAAGACUCUCAGAGCCGUGACAAGGGUCGCUCGGGUCGCUCACAUUCUCGAGCCCAAGCUCAAGAGAAACGACGAACCGGCGGAUCUCAUAUUUCGGAUAACAUCUCGUGGAAAAUAUCCUCAAACAGUUCCGUUGGUGAAUGGAGCCAGGAGACCUACCUGUCCCCAGAGGCUCGUUCGCACCGCGCCUCAAACCUCCCGGAUCUCAGAAGAUCCAACUUGCACGUGAGUGCUCCGCUAGAGAAGAGCUCGAUGCCGAAGAAGAGCAGUAGAAGUACGUUGAAGACCGCGGACCUCAACAACUCUAGUGUACUCUGUCUUUCCUCUUCGGAGGACGAAGAUGACGAUGAAGAGCCUAUUAACGAUCGCACGGGCAAAGGCCGGGAUACAAGAGACAGCGUAACAACCUACGGCGAAUUUGAACCCGAAAUCUGUACAGCUGCGGCGGCACAAGCUACAAAGGGUACAUUACGAAGAAUUGAUGCGCCGAUGUCCAUCAGUAGCCGUGGAUCGCGCCCUACUCAGAGGCAUCAGUCCGUCCGAAGAGAUACUUCGCAGUCAUCCGCAGAAAGGGCAUCGUAUGUGACCAGCAGCCAAUCUCGUCGGUCAAGCGGGAUACCUACAAUCUCCGAGCCGGAAUUCACUCAUGAGGACUUGGUCUUCAACCAGAGGCGGGCCCCGCUCAAGAAGAGUCCGUCCAUUUCCCAGAAGGAGAUCAACCGAAGAAGCCGAGUCAUCGCAGUGACGAGACAAGAGGAAAAUCUCCUUGAAGCAAUGAGACAACGGAAAGGAAAGAUCACACCCAGCCUUUUCCAGGAGUCCCGCUUCAACAACUUGGAGGCCGACCAAGGGUCCAUGCUGUCGGUCCCGUCCCGGGAUUCGUUCUACGGCUCGGACAUGUCCUUCUUACGUCUCAGCCCUGCCUUACCUCCAAAAUCGGUUCGGGCUAGCGGAAUUGGCAGUGACAGAGAAGGCUCCGUUUGUCAAAGCACCUUCUCAGACGAGGAGCAGAAAACCAUCAACUCAUUUCCUUCUCCCCGGACUAGCAUAGCUUUUUCCGAGGGGCUUUCAUCUCCGUCCACCAGCGCAGCCUCUCCAUUGACACCAACGCUUCCCAUACACCGCUUUUCACCCAUCCCGUCGCAGAAACCGCCUCCUCGUCGGCCUAUUCCCGCAGUGCCUCAGGAUAAGAGGCGGCAUUCGCGGCGGCGUACAGAUAGCAGCGAGGCAAUUGUUCUGGAAGAAACGGAUGAGACGAAACAAAAUGACGACCUUCCCAUGUGGACGUUGAGGUGGAAUAACGACAAUGGAACUAUGACGGCUGUUCACUGAACCUAGUGCUGCUCUUUUCAACAUGCUUGCAGCCAUGAUACACUCUUUACCCGU